AUGCAGCAGGAAAUCUUGAUUAAGUCAUUAUCGUCAAUGCCGUUGAUGUGUGACAAUCAGAUGGCGUCAGAUGUGGUGAGGGGCUACGAUGAGCGCCUGCUGGGCAAUCAACAUAGUCCGACCGUGUACGGGGGCGAGGUUCCACCUUCCGAAGUAAGACCUCUUACCACGGAGACCUUUAUCAAGUCACCGGAACAAAAUAACCAUAAUGGUUCCCGAUUUCAGAGAUCAAACGUGGAGCCAGUCUCAUCAUCCUCCUACACCUUGGCCAGCGACAGCAGCCAGUACAGCCGUGAUGUGGACCUCUGGCUGAGGGGAUCCAAUACUGAGAGUACUGGUGUGCAGAACAGCAGGGUGGCGACGGCCCAGCGUUCCACCAUAGCCCCAUCACCAUCUCUGGAUGGCAUGUGGUACAUCAUUGCAAUGAUACUGCCCAUGUUCAGCGCCAAUAACACCCAUUGGAGGUGUACGCCAAGCACCGUACUUAACGCAGCAGAAUUCUUCCUAAAUCAAUUUUCGCGGUUCUGUGCUCAUGCCCGCACUCAAAUACGUCGUCUGGCUGGAGACCAGAUAGCCCGCGACCUCUUCGCCACAGCAAUGGACAUCGUGCUGGUAGUCUACGCCAUUGGAUUCCUCGCCCUAUCCCUGUACCAAGCUUCCAUCAUCGGUUGA